AUGGAAAUAAAUUGUAAAUUGCCUCCAAGGAUAAAAAUGAAUCCAUUAUAUUAUAGUAAUGGUGUUAGACCUAUGAAUUAAUAACGAAUUAAUCCAAAUGAUUAGAGAAGAUACACAACAGAUUUAGAUGCUUAAAGAAAAUAUUCAAAAAGUUAGAAUUAAUAUCAGCAAAAUGAUUCUAAGUAUAAGUAUAUUUAAUUGAUUAGUGUAAAUAAUAAGAAUUCUAUUUAGAAUUAGAAAUCACCAGGAAUAGCAAGAGCUAAUACUGCAGAUAAAUAAUAAUUAGAAGAUUUAAAAAAGCAAUAUAAUUCUAAUUAGGAGAAAAAGAAACCACAGUAACCAUAAUUAUUCAAAGUGUAGAGUUAAGCAAAACCAAUUUUUGAGAAUUUUAGUAAGACUUAGAGUCAGAAAUUAAAGAAUCAUAGUUUUGUUACUUAACAUAAGAUGAAUGAGAAACCACAUUCUUUUAAAUAGAUUGCAUAGACAAGUUCUUCACAUUUAUCAAAUUGUAAAUGAUGAGAAUAAUUAAUUUAGUGUAUUAUGUAGGAGAUCUAUAGAAUGCAAUAUUGAAUCAGCAAUCUAAAAAUUCAGGAUUGUUUCGUGAACAUAUUGAAGCAUCUUUUACUUACAUACCUAUAAUAAAGAAUUUAGAAAUUGAGAAAUAGUAGUUAAAAGAGAAACUAUUAAAUAUUCCAUUAGAUAAAACAAAAAAAUGUAAGGAGUAAUUUAUAAAAAUAAGACAAUAAGACAAUAAUAUUUGAUAUGGAUGAAACCUUAAUACAUUGUAAUGAAGAUGAGAAUGAUAAAUGUUAAUUAAAGAUAGACAUUCAAUUUGAAGAUGGAGAAAUCAUCUUAGCUGGUAUUAACAUUAGGAAUUUCGCUAAAGAAAUAAUUAAAAAGCUAAGUGAUUUAUGUGAAGUGAUGAUCUUUACUGCAUCAUAAGAUAUUUAUGCUAAUAAAGUAUUUGAAAUGUGUGUAUAGAUAUAAGGUUAUAAAUAUUUUGGAUCCAAAUUAAAAAUUAAGUUAUAGAAUCUUUAGAGAAAGUUGUAUCACUGUUGGAGAUAACAAUUUAAUUAAACAUUUAGGAGUUCUAAAUAGAGAUUUGAAGAAUGUGGUUUUAAUUGAUAAUUCAUCAUAUAGUUUUGCGUAAUAAUUGAUUUUAACAUAAAGUUAGACACCAUUUAGAGAACGGGAUUCCGAUUUUACCAUAUUACAAUGAUGAAAAGGAUAAUCAAUUGAUCAAAUUGUAUAGAUAUUUAUGUUAAUACAUUUUGCCAGUUGAUGAUGUUAGACCUGUAAUUUUAGAACAUUUCAAAUUGCAUAAAUUACAUUAAUAUGAUAAUGUAGAAGAAGCUGUAUAAAAUUUAUAUUUUUGA